GAUCCUAGAGAAUAUGUAGAGUCGCUUAUGAAUCUUCAUGUAAAGUACAUGAAUGUUUGUCAAAAAGUAUUUAUUAAUGAUGCAGCAUUUGUUGCAGCUGUAGAUAAGGCUUUUAGAACAAUCAUCAACGAUACAAGUAUUGCACAUUCUCCCGAAGUUCUUGCUCGUUAUUGUGAUGUUUUGUUAAAGAAAACGCACAAAGGUGGAUUUAGUGAACAAGAAAUUGAGGAUAAAUUAGAUCGAAUGAUCGUCCUCUUUAAAUACAUUGAUGACAAGGACGUGUAUCAAAAAUUCUAUUCAAGAAUGCUUGCCAAGCGUUUGAUAUAUGGCAAUUCUGUAUCUGAUGAGGCGGAAUUGCAAAAGAUGUUUACUGAUAUUACGCUUAGCGCGGAAAUAAACGGCAAAUUUUCCGAGUAUACCAAAAAGAAUAUCAAUGGAGAAAAUG